AUGUCGUCGUCUUCGUCAUCGCGAACCAUGGAUCAAACGACUUCUAACCCUGCUGAAAUACCUUCAUCGCUCAAGCUCGUCUUGUCGCACAUCAAAACCAUAGUGCCCACCUCCCUCUCCAGUGACAACUAUCCAAUAUGGAAGUCACAAAUCUUGAAGCUAUUGAGAGCUAAUGGCUUCGACAGUCACAUCGACAUCGCAACAGCACCUCCGCCUCGUCUUCUUCAGCAAACUAAUGGUAGCAAAACUCCCAACCCUGCUUAUCUUCAAUGGCAACUAAUAGAUCAAAAUUUAGUUGUCGCUCUCUGUUCGACAAUUUCCCCUUCAAUCAUCCCCUAUGUGCUUAUCUGGAUAGAUGUUAUGAAAUUUGGCAUACUUUGGAGCAACAACUUCAGGCUUCGAAUCACUCCAGAGUUAUUCACUGCGGGCUCGAAUAUAGACUCUGAAGACAUUGUGUUGUACAUCCUUAAUGGUCUGCCUCCAUCCUAUCAGGCCUUUAAGACCGCCAUUCGUACCAAGCGUGGACCUCUCAGUCUUGACGAGCUCUACUCUUAUCUACUGACAGAGGAAAUCAACUUGGCAACUGAAACCUCACGACAACAUUCCACAUCCGAUCCAAAUACAGCACUCUAUGCUUCUCGCGGGCAUGGUCGCCGCGGUAGAGGUCGUUCCUUCAACUCUCACUAA